AUGGCCACUCGCCCGGAAUGGGCUCGGAGGGUAUUCCGAUUGAGAGGCUUGCCGAACCGUGUUGGUGAUCGAUCAGAUGUGUCCCAGCUGCUGAGCCAGGUCGUGGGCAUCCCCGAGGAACGUAUUGAAGUCUGCUCGCUCGCCAAAACCUGCAACAACUGGGAGCCGCUGCCGUCGAAGGUCGCGACUAUCCGUCUCCACGUUAUACCAGACUGCCUAAGCUCUGCGUCUCACCUUGACCAGUGGGAAUUUCCUCUUGCAGAGGAGCCGGAUCAGCGGCUGAUUCUCGACACGCAUUUCCAAGGCCUGACAGCUCUCAAUGACGUGAAGCCAGAGGACCACCAUACAGACCAGGAUUUGUCUCGAGAGAAUGGCAGCGCAUAUCUCAGACAAUUAAACAAGGGCUUUGAGGGACUCUCGAUUCUUCAGAACGCCCCUAUAUACUGGGCUUAUGAAACCAGAGAGACAAGAACCGUCCAACUGGAAAAUAACAAAUGGACCAACAAUGGGCAUCUAGAAGUUCCAGUGAAUCCAGAUUCCGCAACAUGCGGCCGAAACAUCGGGGCCGCAAAAGUCAUGACGAUUCCUAUUAAUGAGAAUCAUUCCAAUAUCGUCAAGUUCCCUAGGGGACACAAGGAUUUGCCCACCAUCAUACAGACUAUUUCUGAGUUGUGUUCCCAGGAACCAAACAACAUUGCUACCUCAUCAAUUAAUACUAUUGAGAAACCAAGGAGCUGGUCUAAAAAUCCGAAAUCGUAUCUCGAGCUCCCCAACUUAUCUGAGGAGGACUGUGUCACCCUCAAGGAUCUUGAUUUCCUCCUUUCGUCUAUUCAAGAGUUGCACGGGCUCUGUCCAGCCGAACUAGACUUCCGCGCUGAGCAAAUCGAGGAUCCCUUUCAAAACACUUUCAACUGGGUUUUUGACCGCACUUCUUUCUCGAAUUGGCUACAAGAAGGGAUGGGUCUCUUCUGGGUGAAUGGGAAGCCUGGUUCCGGCAAAUCUACGCUGAUGAAAUACAUUUUGAAAAGCCAACACACCUGGGACCUUUUACAUGACUGGAGGCGAAGUUCUUCAAACAUCGAGGAGAUUAUUGCCAGUUUCUUCUUUCAUUACCGAGGAACGGCUCUCCAGAAAUCCUUUGAGGGACUUCUACGGAGCCUAGUUGUUCAAUUGAUAUCAUCUCAGUCUACUCAAUUCCAGGAUCACUGGCGUACCUUCCGUCAACUGAAAAUACAGACAUCGCAGUUGAUAUCCGAGCGCAAAUAUGUCCUGAAUGGGAACAAUAAUCGGGCGUCAAGUCGUGAGAGCCUUAGAGAAGCACUGCUUCGGAUAGAUCAAAGCCUUCAAGAGUUUGGGACCGGAUUGAAAAGUGUGGCCAGAGAGUUCCGACAACAUACCAAUGCACCCGGAACUAGAUUUUUAUCUACAGUGACCCAGGCGUUUCAGAAUUGUCGAGGAGGGCUGCUACAUAAGCUUGAGACAGCUUUGCAUCAGAUCCUCAAUCAAGAUGCCGUCAGGAUGGAUAUCGUCUUGUUUUUUGAUGCCCUCGACGAAUUUGACGGUCACCUUGACAUGAUAAGCAAGUUCCUGAAAGGUCUUGUAGAAGACUCAAACCUGAAUCGGGUCAAGGUGUGCUUCUCAAGUAGACCUUGGGAAUCGUUUGAGGCACAUUUCUUAAAGGAGCCAGGCUUCAGAUUGCAAGACUACACGACGCAUGACAUUGCAAGUUUUGCUGCUGGAAAUCUAGUUGGUCUAAACCUAGAUAAUGCGUCUGUUUCUCGACUUGUUAAUGGGAUAAUUUCAAGGGCCAAUGGUGUGUUCUUGUGGGUCCGGCUCGCAGUCAAGGAGAUACUCGAUGUCAGCUCCCACGCCAAUCCGCAUGUUUACUUACGGCAGAUGGAAGAUACGCUCAAGAGGCUCCCAAGCAAUAUUUCCGAGUUUUAUAAGCUCAUUGUUGAGCAUAUUGCUCAUACUACUCAUCGAAAUACAUAUGCACUCCUGGAACUCAUGAUACGCCGUCGUGACCUGGCCGUCUCGGUCGAUUAUGCAUGGAUCGCCGUCUCUAUUGCGUAUUGCUGCACCCAUCAAGAAAUUAGAGAUGUGUGGGAGAGAGGAGAUAAAUCUAUUUCCCGGCGAUACCAGGGUCCGGGAGAACUACGACAACGGCAGAAGGGGGAUAUCACGAUUUGGGGUGGAGGCCUCGUCGAAAUCAAUGGCGAUACUGUGCAGGUAAUGCACCAGACGGUCCUAGAAUUUAUCAUGGGGUUCUCUUUCAAGAGAGAUAUCCUCGGGGACCUUUGCAGUAUUGUGGUAGAGAAUGGCCAUGCUUUUCAUUUCAAGUAUUUGUGCUCGAUAGCCUCUGACGGUAUUACGGGUACCAGUGGGGAUGAAGCAGCGACAGGGGCAGAAUUGCAAUACCACGGGGAACAGUCUGAACUAACCACGGGGAACAGCCAGCUGGCAUAUAUCGGAAGUCUACCGUGGGGAAUCUUGAGAGCCCUGAACAGAGAGUCAUCCUCUACUCUGAGAAGCACCGGUGAAUUAUUUUUGAAAUUCGUCGUCUCGCGUGGCUUGCUUCUGUGUCUCAAAGAAUGGGUAAUCAAGCAUCCCAACCAAGUUAGGCACUUCAGUCCACAGGCAACUGCCUUUCCAUUGCUUAGUGAUCUAUUUUUCCUGGGCAGCUACGGAGCAUUUUCUGGCAGAUAUAUCAACAUGAUGUGUCUACUGCUUGAGAAUGGCUUCAGUAUUCAGCAAGACCCUUUCAUCUUUGCCACGGUCAUAGAACGAAUAUGGAAAUUGGAGGCGAAACAUGAGACGAGAGAGGAUAUUCGUAUCCCAAUAUCGAUUCUGCAUGAGAUAUUCAGGCUGCUAUUGAAUCAUAAGCAAGAGCCUAAUACUUCUAUUGGUCUCAACGCUAUUUGGGCUCAUCCCCAGGUGAUGUGCGGGGUGAAGCCGCUUCACGCUCUCCCACCACAUCUGGCCCAAGUUCUAAUUCAGCAUGGCGCAGAUCCCAAUGGUUGUGAUGACUACGGCAGAACCCCCUUGGAUUGGGUUCUGAGGUUCCCAUAUGGAUGUAUCCGCAGCAAUAGGGUGUAUGACACGCAAUGGCGGUAUAGUUUGUGCAAAGUUCUAGCGAGUGUUGGCGGUCUACCUGCGUACUGCAAUUCCCAUGAUUGGGUGAACGCCUUGAAUCACUUUGAACUUGAAGGUCACAGUACCACUUGUCUUCGUGAGAGUCCUACGGGAACGAGUUUCGCUAGGUCCAUACAUCCUGCAGCAGCUCCAAUGUCCACAAACAACACGAUGAGAAACCGCAAGCGCAGGGAAGGAACUCGACCAAGCCACCAUCAAUUCCGCCGUUAA